AUGGGAUUACCUCAAGAUACAUUGUCUCAUGAGGGCAUUUAUACCGAAAUACAGGAAGGAGAAGGCGCAGGAUUAAUCUAUGGAAAUGAGACGUUUGACGAAAUCAACGAAGUAUCAGAUGCAGAUUCUGACUAUCGGGAGUUUAACGCAUCAUUAGCCAAAUUUAGAGACUCAAUUUUAGGUCUAAAUGAAUCUAACAUAGAUGAUGCCGAUGAAUCCACGACUGUAGCAAAGUGGGAUGACGAGGAGCUAAGUCACGACACAGUUGCCAAAAAGCUACCACGCCAACAAAUAAGUCGCACUUCGCGGCCUAUUCGGGGAAGAGGUCCUCCGAGAGGCCCAAGAAAAGCUGUAGAACCAUCCGCAGAUAUAAAAAUGCGUCUUGGAAUCGCAAAUGAGUAUUUCCAGGCACAAAAUUAUCCAGAAGCUACAGCAGCAGCAGCUGAAAUAAUACGCAUCAACGCUGAAACAUAUGAAGCAUGGAAUUUGAUGGCAACUAGCCUUCACGAAAUGAAACAGCCUGAUAAUGCAUUAAAGGCUCUGAUGUACGCUGCUCACUUACGUCCUAAAGUACCGAUGCCAUGGGUGGUAGCCGCAGAAUAUGCUUUGAAUGAGAUGGGUCCUUUGCGAGAACAAUACCUAACAAACGCAGCAUUUUGUUUUGCUGGUGCAGUGCGAGCUAAUCCGAGAGAUAUAAAUACUCGUCUCAAGAAGGCUGCUGUUCUCGUUGAAAGAGGAUAUCUUAGGCAUGCUAUCGCAGAAUAUAGACAUAUUUUAUCCCGCUGUCCUCACGACCUGGGAAUACUUGAUACCCUAGCAGAGCUUAGCAUUGAUUGCUGCGAUGUGGAUAUAGUAAUCGAAUUAUACGCUAAAACCAUCGAACAUUACAGACUGAAUGAUGAUGUUUCCAGUACACCUUUUACCUGGUCUAAUCUUGACACGUACAUAACGCUCCUCGAAUUUGCUGGAGAAUAUGAAAAAGCGAUCUGGACUCUGAAAAACCUGUCUCGCUGGCUACUAGGACGGAAAGACGAAAGCUAUUGGGAUAAUAUUGAAGAUAAUGACUGUGAGUGGGAUCUAAAUGAUUCGAGAAGGGCCACAGUACCUGGGUUUGAAUUUGGGAAGUACUCCUGGGCAUCUUACGGCCACAGUCUACCCGUAGAAUUACGGAUGAAGCUUGGACUAAGUCGCCUUCAAAUUGGCUGCAACGAAGAGGCUAUGGUUCAUCUCGAAAUUCUUGGAUUAUUAGAUGAUAUAGGCGAAUGUAGAUCCUUAGAACAUGUUCAUCUUCUUCGUCCAAUAGCUGACCAGUUCCGUGACUCUGGCUUCUAUGAAAACGCGUUGAGUUACUAUCAUCCAUUGGCUAAAAUGCCAGAGGAAACUGACUCCUGGCUAUUAAUCGACAUCGGGAGAUGCUACUUACAUCUAGGAAAUGACAGUGACGCCGAGAAGUACUUUGUCGCCGCUCUUAAUGAAGAUAAUGAUAAUAUUGACGCACGAAUGGAACUGGCGAGAAUUUUCGAGAGAUUAGGAAGGAUGGAAGAGGCAUUCAAUUUGGUUAAUCAGGCAAUGCAAUUGAGACGAAAUGGAUAUUCUGUUGAGGGUUGUCACGAUGGUCACGGAAGAGAUGCCGAAGCAAAACUAAGAAGAAUGCGAAAACCAAGGCCAUCAACAUCAAAGGCUUCCAAAUCAUCAGUCUAUAUGGAUGAGGUAACACGAGCUGAACACUUGAAGGCCCAAUUAAACGUUCUAACCGAAGAGUUGGAUGGUAUGAGAUCUGGUAAUCCAAAGUCUCUCUUUGCUUGGAUGGCUGCAGCAAAAGACUUGACAGAUGAUUUCCGCGGCUUCAAAACAUUCUACCCUUGGGAUAAGUUUAUCAAAUUUAUCGGCUACUCUGGUAACUCGCGCAUUCUAGCAGAGACACCUCUAGACUCGGAUCUCACAGCCAUGGCAGAGCGGUUAACAAAGGGACUUGGUGCCGAUUCUCAAGACGCUCCUCCUACAAAUGUAGAUAUCCCACAAGACUAUCGCGGGAUCUCCUUCAAUACUUGGCUAGAUAUAUUUCUCGAAUACGCAUUGUGUCUUGCACGAAAUGGUAGCGCACACGAGUCUUAUGAGCUCUGUGAAGCUGCAAAGGAUGCCAUUGUUUUUUAUCACUCUCGAGAAGAUAUGUUUUUGAUCAAUAUGGGAUGGUGUAUGUGCGCAUUGUUUUCCAACGACGAGGAAACUUGCGCUUCUGUUGCUCGAUUCUUCAUGAGAGAAUAUCAGUUUACUACUGAUUCAUAUAGGCUAUUUUCAGCUAUGUUACGUAUUUGUCAAUCUCCAGUCUCAUGGUAUAGCUCAGGGCCAACACAAAAAUAUGUUUUGCGACAGAUAAAAGCUAUGGAUCUCGCCUUAGUUGGAGAUGCUUCUAGCGAAAGUAAAAUAGGCGAAAGUGGUACGAACGUACUAACGACUAGGAAUAAUGAUUCAGAAGCUACAGCCGGAAUGGAUAUUCCUCUCUUAAUGCUUUACGGGCAUAUUUUGUAUGCAGGCACGAGUUAUGCCUAUGCUCUCAACUAUUUCCUACGAGCUGAUGCGUUAGACCCGGGAAAUCCUAUGAUAAGCUUAAGCAUUGGCCUUGCGUAUAUACAUCACGCCCUCAAAAGGCAAGCGGAAAAUCGACAACACAGUAUAAUGCAAGGUAUCUCUUUUAUGCAAGCUUAUUAUAAAAACCGCAAGCAGGCGAAAACUAUUGAGGAACGUCAAGAAGCACACUUUAACGUUGCAAGGUGUUACCAUUUACUUGGAUUAGUUCAGCUUGCAAUCCCCUAUUACAUGAGAGUUUUUGACGAGAUCUCUGAUCAAGACUACAAGUCCCGUGAUGAGAACAUAACACUUGAUUCUGCUUACAACCUACAGUCAAUCUUUAUAAUAGCUGGGAAUCAUAAGCUUGCUAAAGAUGUGGCAAACCGCUGGCUAAUAGUUUAG